CGCCCCGCGGCGGCCGCGAGCCGCGAGCGCGGCGCGUGGGGCUGGGGCGGGGUCUGCUCCCGCUCCCGCUCGGCCCGGCCGCGAGCGCGGUCACGUGAGGCGCGCGCCAUGGCGGCUCCGGCGGACGGCGCCGACCUGGAGACCUCGCUGCUGAGCUUCGAGAAGCUGGACCGCGCCUCCCCGGACCUGUGGCCCGAGCAGCUUCCCGGGGUUGCCGAGUUCGCCGCCUCCUUCAAAAGCCCCAUUACAAGUUCUCCCCCCAAGUGGAUGGCUGAAUUAGAAAAUGAUGAUAUUGAUAUGUUGAAGGAGUUGGGAAGCCUUACUACAGCUAAUCUGAUGGAAAAAGUUCGUGGCCUGCAGAACCUGGCUUAUCAGCUGGGACUGGAUGAAUGAAGGUUUUGCUGUGACUUUUUGAGUUCUAGCUGGAGAUCAAAAAAGGAAGCUUGCUGCUAUUGCCAGCAGAGUAGACAUACUACCUCUUCUCAUCAUAUUCAUUCCAAGUUUGUUCUUCACCUCCCCCCUCCAGUGAAGUGUUGGUUCUUAGAAAUUUAUUUUGGUAAUAAAACAUUACUUUAUACUUGCCCAUGAAAGCAUGUUUGAAGGCUGUUUGUGGAUUCUUUAAAGUGUCCAAGAGAUUGUUGUUCCCUAAGCACACUGCAAACUUGUAUCAUAAUUAAGUCAGAUGAAUUAAUGUGCAGAAAAUUCAGAUCAUAACUGUAAGUGAUUAACUUAGGCUCUUAAACUGUGAACCCAAACCUAUGGUUGGUGUGCUGUAAUUCAGUUGUCAGUCCCAAAAUUGUAUGCUUCAAUGGAUUUUGGUUGUGAGAAAAUGGGUGAAUUUAUUCUUGCUGUUUUGGGUCACAAUGAGGAGAUAAUAAAGCUGUGUUCACUGCUUUUCACAGUUGUAAGUUUUGACAGUAAAGCUAAAGGAUAUAGUUUAGUUAUUUUCUUGCAAUUUAUCUUACAACUUGUACUGUAAAUGAGGAGGUGGGAAUAGCAAACUCCAUGCUGUGUAAGAAGAGAUUUUCAGUUUGUGAUUUAAUCAUACUGAUUGGUUUCCACAGCACAAGCACAAGAGUGGAGAUAAUUGAAAGAUAUCUAAUAACUGAUUAAGUAGAUUUCAUUUAUGUAUUGUUUUGAGCACUGUUUUAUUGAAAGCUUGUAAGCUUUAUUAUAAUAUGUUCAGCAGAAUAUAUUUUCUGUGUAGAAAUUUUACAUUGAUAGGGCAUUUUCAUAUGGAGAGCUUUUUGUGCUAUGAGGAAUAUAUCCACAGAUUGUUUAAACUUCACAAAGUGACGAUUAUUUUGGUAUCACUGUGCACUGUCAUGUAAAAUUUUGCUUUUCAGGUACUUGGUGAUUUUUUACAAACAUAUAUAUUAUAAAUAAGUAUCUCUUAAGUCCUUGCACAACUUCCCCCAAACCUAUUACUGCAUUUUAAAGCUUUCCAGGUUUACUGGCAAUACAAUAAAUAUUAGCUCCCAUAUUCUUCAAAUUAAAAUGUGACUUCUGUUUUCUCAUUUUGGAGUUUGAUGUCUGUUCUACUGAAUCAGGUAAAAUUGGGUUUGGUCAGUAGCUGGAGGGGAUUCCAUGAAGAGCGCAGUUGUUGCUCAGGGAAGGGCACCAAUUAAGCAGCAUUGGUGCCAUUCUCCUGGAGGGUUGCUGAACUGUUAUCCUAUGGUAGCUCUAGAGGGCUCUCUGCUGUUGGAAAUGUCACAUUUCUAAUGACUUAUAUGACAAAGGUCUUAAUAACCUGUUGGUCGUUAAGGAACUCGUAACACUUCUUUUGCAAAUGUUAACCUCAUUGUCAUCAGCAAAAUAUAGCAUAUGCAAUUAGAAUCUAAUUUUCUCCGGUGUCAAUUAAAGGGUCUCAUUUUUAUUCUGAACUGUGUUGUACUCUGCCUGUAAAUGUCUAUCACUUAAGUUACAGCAUUUAAGUAGUGUAGGAACUGCAGUUUGUGACGUUCCUUGUUAAGUCACUAAGAGUAUGAUGUUGCUGGCACUGACUGUGCAAGAAAGAGAGAAGAUAAUCAUCCCAGGCUUUAUUGUAACCAUGCAGUUUGUUACUGUAGUAGCCUUAAAAAUAUAUAGGCAUUGUUUCAGGAGAAUUAGAAAUGAAUGUAUAAGAUGGAGGACAAGAUGGGACAGGAUGAAAGUAUGAAAAGUAAUUUUUCAGCAGAGCAAUAGGUGCUUGUCCUCAAGUUCUAUGAAGGCAUUAGAAAUGAAGGACUACCUUCUGGUAAUACUUCUGCUUUAUUUUAAAACCCUUUGGAAGUUUUACAGGGACAUGAAUUCCAGUUCUGUUUGGUGGGUGGGCAGUGGCAUGCGGGGUUUGACUGGGUAUCUGUAUCAGACUUGGUUGCAUUAAAAUGGACUUUGAACUGGUUAGUUUGAAAAUCAGUCAAGCAGUUAAAGAUUGUAAUGUUGCGUUCUUUAUUGUAACAGUAAAUUCUAUUUUCUUAUAGUUUUGUAGGGUUUUUUUUCUUUAUACAUGCCAGUGCUACAUUGCUUUCACUCAGUUGUGUUUUGAAAGCAGUGAAAACCAGAAAUAACUAGGAGUAACAUCAGUGAAAACUACAAGACUAGAAAUGUCUGUCUAAACUAGAAAUAACUGUAACAUGGUUGCAGCUUACAUUUUGCAGCACCUUUGGGCAUCAUGGGUUGGAUGUUUAUUAUGGACAGUGCUGCAGUGUUCUGCAUGAUAAGGAGCUUACAUAUUGAGGGAGUGAAAAUAACAUUGAGUUUGAUGCUCAUUGAGCUUCCCAGUUGAAAACAUGCAUGAGCGUCCUAUUUUUACUCGGUGGUGCGCUCUAUGUUGUGUAUUCUGCAAAGCCCUUGUUUAAAAUCACCCUUGUGAAUACUGCUGAAGGGGGAAAAGGUGAAGUAUGGAUAGACUCAGGAAAGGAAGAGGCUGGUUUAUUUUCACUGGUAGCAUUUGCAGUUCCCCAGACAAUGAGGGAUGCAGAAACUGCCUUUUGAGAGCCACAACUUGAUUAGAUGUUUGAGUCUGUUGUAAAAUCCUGUGGUGUCUGCCUCUUGUGCCAGCAUGAAAAUUCUCCUUAUACAAUGGAGGAAAGGUAUUGACAAAUCUUUCAUGUAAAUUCUGUGUCUUUUUCCUUCUUCUAGGGACUACAUUACAUAGUAGGAAAAAUAUACUGAAUCACCCUUACUUGAGGAAAACACAAACUAAUAACAAUUAAGCUAUUGAUUACUUUUUCAGGCAGUAAAAAGAUGCUUCUUCCAGGAUUCAUUUCCCCACACUAUCCUUGACUUCAAACACCUGCAACAUACAAGUUCUGGUAGUAGAUGAAUUCAAACACUCAGUCCUCCUAGCAUUUUGGAUAUAUUUAUUGCAUGUACUACAUCUUUUCAUGUCUAACCACUGUAAUUUGAGAGGAAAUAAUAUAUUUUUUAUUUAAGGUUAUGGGUAGUACUAGUUCAGUGGAAGUGGGGAUUUUAUAUAUUUUAAUGCACUACUGCAAUUUUUGUGUAAUGGAAUCUUAUAUUAAAACCUUUUGUGUAACUAUUGCGAUUUUGCUUGUAAAUUCAGAGGAUAUAGGCGUGGCCAGUUUUAAACUACAUAAGAUUUUGCAAUGUUUUUUGAAAUAUAUUUUCAAGUAAUUGAUUUAACUGAAAUAUUUUUUGUGAGAUACAGCAUUGUGGAGUGGCAUCCGCACCCUCUUUAUGCUUUGACUUGUUAGUUUUAAAUACUUUUGUAGUCAAUAGUGUGAUCAGAACACUGGAGUUACUAAACAAAAUGUCUCAUAACAGUGUCUCAGAAUUAGUGUUAACAAAAAUGCUCUCCAUAUGUUUAAACAUGCCUCCAUCUAUAUUUCAUGUAACACUGUAUAUUGUUAAAUCCUGUCAGUUUUAAGAUCUAAAUAUUUUAGGAAAGAAUAAGUCAAAAAUACCCUUCUGGCUACUGCAUCUGUGUGAGGGACAUCCACCUAGUUUGGAGCAUUUGAAAAUAGAAUCCCUAUAUUUACUGUGUUUACCAGUGUUUACUUCCCUGUUGUUGUUCCAUGCUGUUCAGGAAAGUGACCAAAGGCAGAGGGGGACACAUUGAAAGUUACUUAGUACAAAUUUGUAUUGAGAAGAAAAAGGAAAUAAACAUUUUCUAUAGUCUUCCAUUCCUAGCUGUUUUUCUGAUUAAGUAGCUGUGGUGGGUAAAAUACAGGUGCAUAUGAGUUUUGAAGAUCACUACACAGCUGACAGGGAUAAAAAAAGUUUUUUACCAGUGGUAGCCUUUAUCCCUCAGAGGCCCAUGUAUAUAAGCUUUAUGUUAUAUGAAGCUGUAUUCUAACUGCCCUAAGGUGUAUCCAGUACAUGUACAAGUCUUUUGACUUCAAGGUCUGCUUUUUACUGAGUACUCCAUAUCUCUUUUUAAAAAAACAGAAAAAUUAUUUGUUAGAUUUUUUUUUUAGCCAUUUUCACUUUUUGGUAAUCAGCAGCAUCACUGACUUUUUGUGUCUCAGUUUGAAUGUACAGUAGUGGUGUUCCAUUUUAAAAACAGUUUAGUUGAAAUUAUUAUAGCAGAAAUAAUAUAAAGGUUGUAAUAGGAUGUAGUUUUCAAAAAGCCGAACUUUCUGUGUAAAUGCAUAUAUUAAUGUUACCUGGCAGUUGUUUUCAGCUCUGGUCUGAAUGUUUUAUUAAAUUUUUGAAAAUGCAUCUUUUUUUAUUAUUUUGACCUAGCUUUGUUGCACUGAUGGUUCUGUUUAGUGAACUUUCUCCAGCUAUUCCACACUCUGAGCCAUCAGAAGAUAGUAAUUCUCUAGUUGCAGUGGGUGGCAAUGCCUAUUCUCUGAAGAGCUGGCUUAUGAAUCCUUGUCUGAGGUUCUGGUCUAAAUCUCUUGGUCAUGCUGGGGUCACCACAGUGCAUUUACCAGGCUGAAGUUGCAAAGUCUUCAAUGCCCAGGCUGCCUGGUGCUUCCCUGUUAGAAUUCAGUGUGCCAGACCCAUGGCACCCUGUCUUUUCAUGAAUGGAAUUCAAAAAGACACUUAUAUUUCCAUAAAUAAAUUAGGAAUUCAGUGGCUUCUUCUGGCUAAUCAGGGCAGGCUGAUAAACCUUGCUAGCUGUUUAAUAAAUGAAUUGUGACUGAUUACCUAUUAAUAUGGACGCCUCAGGAAUUCACCCUGGGGGAAGCAGAGCAGUGAAAUAGAGAGGGGCAUGGCCCCCUGGGAAAUCAGGGCUUCAUGUUUGCAGCUUAAAUAUCUCUGUGAAGUAUCAAUAAGGAGGUAAUUGAAUUUUGAACACAAACAUGAGCGCCGGGUGGAUGAAGGAGAGGGGGGCCCUGAUCAUCUCUUCAUACCCCUUCAUACUCCCCUCCCCUUCCCCUUAGAGACCACUCUAGUGAAGAUAGAUGCUAAAUCUAUUAAAUAAAGAUUAGACUGUGUCGUGGUAGAAAAUGGCAGCUUAGCUAGAUCCCUGGGCAAAUUGGGACCUUUAAGCAAUACAGAAAAUUAAAAUAUACAUUUUUAACAAGUGUGCUGUCGACACAGUAAUAAUGACUCUGUGGCUUGUGGGGUUUGCUCACCUUUCAGAUCUGCUUUUGUUUGGUUAUAUCACUUGCCCUUGUUUUGAAACCAGCCUGCUUGGUCUCUCUGAAGCAGAGAAGACUUAGGGGAAAGAAGGUUAUUUUCCCACCUUGCUUUCUUUGGCACUUUUUAUUGGCUCUUAUGCUUAUAGUAGUGUAGAAGAUCAGUACUCUUGUAUUUGAAUAUGAAAAUAAUUAACUUUGGCUCCAGCACACUCAGUCGCAUGUUCUGAAAAGUAGUUAGGAAUAGUCUAGAGGAAGCAUGGAGAUGUAAAUGUGAUCAAAUUUUUUAGAAAUAGUUUUUAUUUUCUAAGCACAUGGCUUUGUUUUUAUUUACUCCAGAUAAAUUUUUCUGAAUUUUACUCUUAUGGGAAAGAUUAGUAUAGGGGUGUGCAUUGUAAAAGGUCAGUAUUCUUUUUUGUCACACAGUGAAUUGUAGAAACACAGCUGAGGUGGUGUUCAAGGGGUGACAGUGUUCCUUUAUAAUACUGUGCUAGACAUAGAACACAACCAGGCCUUCUUCACAAUCUCACAUGCCCUAUUAUCUGUUGCAGAAAGUCAACAGAUCUUGGGUUUUGCAGGCAGAACCUCAUCUGUCUGUACAAAUAGAGGACCAAUUGCUAUACUGAAGAGACUACUCCUCUUGCUUUUGCCAAGUAAGAUGUUUACCCUACAGAACAAAAUCCAAAAUUUUCUGUUUAAUUAUUUGGAACAAGAAAUGAGCAUAAACCAUGAGUGUUUCCCUGGAGAGAACUGUUGUUCCUUCCAUCUAGAUUUUUUUUUUCUUUAGUCUAGAUAGUUUUGAAAAUGGAAAGGAAAAAAAUGAUUUUGUGCUUUGUUGAAUGUCUCAGUUUAAGACAUAUUAGGGGGAAACCCCAAUACACUGAAUUACAGUGGACUGAGACAAUAGUAACAUGGGGACUUCUGUCUGUUCUUGGACAACAUCUCUCUGAUAACACCACUUCCCUGUUUUCCGACUUCUCUCAAGUAUUAGCAGUUGUGCCCAGAAAACCCUUGGCACUGCAUCUUCAGCUUUAAAUGCUAAGAAGCGAACUCAGUGUUCAUUUUUUGUUUAAAAAGAAUAGUAGAUAUUAUUAAGUAUAAAAAAGUAUUAACACACCUGUGCCAUUCUAGUGACAGUAUUGAGCAUAUUUGGAAUGCUUUGUCUUCCAUUAAGUUAGAGCUGCAUUCAGACGUGGUUUUUUAUUUGUUUUCCAAAUUGUCAUCUGCUUCCACAUCCUAGCAAUUUCAUCACUUGUCUUUUGUGACGGGUGUUUUGCAUUGGGAAUGUCUGUAUUCUUUCAUCCAGCCGUGCUUCUAGGAAGAAAAAAAAAACUUUGUAAGCUGGUUUAGCCUCAAAGAUUCUCAUUCAUGGUGUUGACACCAAAUUGAAAAGGAACAGGUACCACCCCUUAGCUAAAUUACAGUAACUGUUCAUUGUGUAUGUGCUGGAGCCUGUUUCAAUUGAAGAAGACAGAUCUCAAGCCUCCUUUGGUAAGAGGAGAUUACAUCACUGGGUUUACUUUUGGUCAAGCGUGUUGAUCAUGGGCUUCUUUUUUGGGACUUCCUGGCCCUUGUUCUCCUUGCAAGGGGACAGCUCCUUUCCUGAACCCCACCCCUUUCUCUCCAGUUCUCAGUCUGCUAUUCAUAACACAUCUAGUUUCCUUUAACCUUAGCUGGCCCCUUUCAAAGAAGUCCCCUGUACAUUGACAGCCUAUGUCCUUUUUUUCCUUAUGCUACGGGCAUUCCUUAGCCUUAUUGUAUCACCUAUGCCUCUGCCUUUUUUGGAGAUUUUUCUGUUCUCUUUUUCCUGCUUGUACACUUAAACUAAUUUUCUAGCUCAGGAGUUUUCAUUCCUUUGUAUAUCCCAAAUUUAAAAGGAGACUCUUGCUAAUUUGUUCUGUAGCUUCUUCUGAAGGCAGGCAUGUGCCAGGAACCUCACAAGCUUAUGGCUUUCCAUAUUAAGGCACUUAGUGAUGCAACAUUUUAAUUAAAUUAACCAGAAUUCGUAAAUUGUAGAUAGACAGAUUUUCCAGAUCAUCUCAAUAUGAGCUUUUAGAGUGAUCAACACUCUGCUGGUGUUUAAUCCAUCAGACUGCCAUAUGGAGCGUUGAAGAGUAGAAUAUCUGUUUAUUAACAAUUGUUGUUUUUUCACGUCAGCAAGUAUGAUUUUUGUAUUUGAGGACCUAGGAGUGCAAUCUGUUGCUGCAUCUCUUACGUGAGUUAUAUCAACCUCAUGCCAGACCUCAUUUCAUGCCAAUCCUUCUUUUUUUACUCAAUUUAGGUGAUCCAAUAGGCUGUCUAAAUGGCAUAAUAGAGCAAGAGGGUCGUUCUACCAGGGUCUUCAGAAGUUCUUUGGUUACACUAUCACAAGGGGAAUGUGUUCAGAUGUCUUUUAUGAGAAAUUGCAGAUAUCCAUAUUGUCGGUGAUUUCUGUGAAUAGUUGAGAUAUAUUUAGUAAAGCUUUGCAAUUUGAUUGACCAUAAUACAUCAUAAUUCACAAAACUCAGAAAAUUGUUUGAGAUCGAGCCUACAUUUUAUUCACUCUCAACAAGAAUUAAUAAAUUCUUGUUCCCAAAUCCUAGGAUAUCUGGUGUUGGACUACUCUAGGAAUAGAAUUUACCUGUCUCUUUAGAGCAGUUGUCUGUUCCAUUUUAUUGUGAAAUACAAGUCUGUUUCUACUCAUUUAGCUGAGUGACUGCUUUCCAUUGUUGGUCUUUCCAAUGGGAAAAAUACUCUUCAGGCAAGAGGAAAAAAAUGUGCUUGUAUUGUGACGUUUUCAUUGCUCUUCUCAGAAAGAAGUAUUAGCUCUUCUAGAAUGGGAGAUGAGAUUAGUGCAGUAAGUCCAAGCACGCAAGCCAUAAUUUAAAUCUUCUUCCAAUUUUGAUCUAACAUUUAUGGAAUAAAACCUUUCCUAUAUAUCCACACAGUGCUUAUCCAAGAUUUUAUAAUAUUAUACUUUUCUCAGAAUCUUUUACUCUGAUCUUAUAAAAUCUUGUUCCACUCACAAAGAUGAGUUUCAUAUUUUGGCUGUGAUCAAGAUCUCCAUACAUUUUUGCACAUACUUCAGUAUUGUAUCAGACUGUUUUUCCAUUUCUCUUUCUUGUCAUGUUUUUUUCUUUGUUGUUCCAAUGUUCUGUAUAUUGUGGACUUUUACAUGACUUAUGUGGUUUUGGAUGAAAAACUUGCUGUUUGGCAGAAUUGUCGUGACAAAUCUGUCUGAAUUUGCUGGAGAAUUUACUCAAAGUAAUUGGGGUUUAUGCACAGUCAAUGAAUGUGGCAGGAUUUAAUAAUGUUUUGCAUGUGCCCCUUAAACCUCCUGAACUCCUGGGAUCAUUCAAAACAGCCAGGUCCAGAAUAGCCAGGUCCUCAGCAUGAGCAGAUCGUUCUUCUCCUGUAUGUCUUCAGGCUUGAGUGAAUCUUCAAGUCACAGCAAAUUAUUAUGGUAUCUCCCACCUCUUCUGUUUGAAUUUAGUAAUUGUUUAUGCUUUACACCCUGUAUUUCUGCAUAAGGUCUAAUAAUCUUUUCCCAGAAAGGAGCUAAGUCUCAUUGUCUUUUUUGUAAUUUUGGAUACUCUGUCACUUCAGGCAGUAUUUUGGUAGGAAUAAUUUUGAGAUCAUGUGGUACACACUGUUCACUUCUAGAGAGCUGCUUAUAAAUCAAGAGUUUUCUUCAUGAGAAUGUGGGGGGGGGGGAAAGAGGAUUUAUUUGAUUUUGAAAGGUAGUGCAGUUGUUACUUUACAUCUCUUCAAUUGAAAAGAUAAAUUGAAAAUUCCUAUUGACUCACAACUCUGAAAAGAAUGAGAGGGGGGAAAAUCAGAAAACAAGUAAUGGAAGCUAGUGAGAUGAAAAUUAGCAAAAAUAAAUGCUUUUUACAUAAUGAAUUAUUUGAUAUGGGACUUUCCGCACACUGGGAUUUUUUUUUUUUUUUUUUUUUUUGGAUCAAGUACUUAGCAGCAAUUGGAAAGGAAUCAGGCAAUUAAAUGGAUAGUGAGAGCAUUUUUAGUUAGAGCAGAAAAAAAAUCUAAAAUGAAAUAGGAAAUAUCAUCUGCUUCAGGAUAUAAAACAAGCACUUAAGAAGAGGAGGAAUCCUUCAGUAAUAAUUAUUCCAUAUGUCUUCAUAAUGUGGCUCCCUAAUUUAUCUUUUCCUGUGAUGCUUCUGAUCUUGGCUGCAGUCAGGCAGGAUAUCUGACUGGGUAGAUUACUGAUCUGCCUUGCUCUGUCAAUUCCUGUGUUCAUAUACAGUUUUCAUGACUACAGAGCACAGAGAUUCUUGUUUAGCAGGAAAUAACAUUUCUACAGUCUCUUUUAGCAACUAGUCAUAGAUCCUAUUUAUAGAUAGGAUUUUAUAUGCAAGAUUUUGGUCACUGGUAUAGAAUGGUAAUUCUGAGUAUGCUCUGAGUUACAUCUCUUGAGAGAACAUCAUUAUUAAACCUUUUUGAAGGUGUCCCUGGUGGCAGCUCCAUAGAGCAGGUGGCCUGCAUGGCACAGGCACACAGAGUCAGGAGCCUGUGUCUUUUCAGACCAUAUAAUCUAAAAAUCACUCAGCCUCUUUUGGUCUUCUGGGGAUAUGAUGACGAUGACACAAGACUCUUAUGCUAAAAACUAAUUGUUAACCUGCAGAGGACGUCAUUCAACACAAAUCCCAGCAGAAAAGGGGUGGGUGAUGGAUGUUUCUGGGUAGCAGUCCAAGCUAUGAUUUGGUUUUCAACAGAUAGUUCUCUGGGUUGCCCCAUUUUCAUGUCUAGUACCCGACUUUUAUGUGAAAAUAAAAAGCACAUUAAUAAUAAAAAAAACCCUCACAAUUUAUGUUUAUUAAUGUAUGCAUCUAAAACUGAAAGGAGCAAACAGUUCCUUCCCUAUCUCAGGGCAUAAAAUGCCCUCACUCUUACCUAUGGUACUUGGGUUUCCUGGAAUGUUAAGCAAAGCAGUGGGUAGGUAGAAGGUUAAAGGCAAGGCAACAGUGUUGAAAAGGAAUACAAUAAGUAGUAUAUGGGAAAGGAAUGUGGGACUGUGUAUACAUCUGUUGAUUGAAGCAUGGCCAGAAGAUCCAGGGAAGUGAUGCAUCUGCAUCUGCAAUGCCACAUCCAGUGGUGUCCUCCAUGCCCAAGCAUGAAGAAGACAUUAGUAAAACUGGAGUGAGUUCAGUGGAGGGCCACCAAGAUGAUCAGGGGCUGGAGCACUUGCCCUGUGAACAGAGGCCAAGGGAAUGGAGAAUUCAGUAUGGAUUAGAGGUGAUCUCACAGGGACCUGAUAGCUGCCUGCUAGAACAUGCAGGGAGGUUAUUUGAGAAGAUGGAGUCUGGCUGUGGGAGGAAAAGAGACAAUAAUUGUAAAUUGAUGCAAGAACGUUUCUGACUGGAAUCAAGAGAAAACUUUUCCAGCAUGGAACAGUCAAGUAUUUGGAAGGAUUGUCAAGAGAGUUUGUGCAGUCUCCAUCUGUGGGUGUUUUAUGGCUUGACUGGAUAAAGCCUUGAGCAGUCUGUCUGUUCUGGACAGAACAUUAACUGGAGACCUGCCAAGGUUCUAUCAAAUCUGAUUCUCUACAAUUUUCCUCAUGUGAUAAUGUACUGUAUACUUUAUUUGAUCUGUUCUCUUCUGGUAGAUUAAAUUUUUGUCACUAAGCACAUUUUCCUUGUAUCCUCAUUUUAUUAUACCUCUUCUACUCUGCUGUACCUUCCUAACUCUAAGUACAUCUAAUAGUUCCAUUGUCACUGGGUCAUGGUGUCUUCAGAAUUCUCCUAACUUCCAAUGUUUCUUCAGUGCCCCUCAACCCUCAGAGGAGUGCUUCCAGUCACCAAAUCUAUGGGAGACUCUUCAUGGCCGUUUUCAUAGCAAGCAGAGGCACUGCCUUCUUCUUUCCUUUCUGAGCUGUCUUGUAGAAGGGUUGUUGUCUGCUUUACUGCAGUGCCUCUGUUCUUUCUUCCAGUAGUGGAUGAAAACCAAUUCUGUGCUCAUUAAAAGAUAGCAGUGUUGCUGCAUUCAGCUUUCAUAAGAGAAGUACCUAAUGGUAGACAUGGCCUCAGACCAGUGCCAGUGCAUGGACUGUAAAUAAACAUGAAGGGAUUUUUGGAAGCAGAUGAAUACCAAAGCUUACUGGGCUACUCUCAGUAGCCCUUCUGGAGAAAAAAAAAAUAUAUUUUUUGUUUUGUAAUGAUAUUUUGUUUGGCUUUAUUUCAAAAAACUGGAGUUUCUUCUGGCCUCUACUCUCAGGAGAUAUCUUCAACUCCAAUACCCUCUGUAUUUCUUGGAUUUUUGAUAUUUUCUUAAAAACUCAUUGAUACUAAAAGCAUGAGGAUGUUUAUGAAAAAUGUUCUCACAUUUCCUUGUGGGUCUGGGAGGGUAUUUUUGGGUAUGUCUUUUACAUCUGCUUUUACAGUUAAGCCUUAUCUAGUUGCUUUUAAGCUCGUUAGCAGCUAAAUUGUAAUAAUUGCAGCAGAACCUACAUUGUUUAGAUUUUAAUACCCAUUCCAAAUAGCCUUGAGUGUAUUACAGUUUGAUUAUCAAGUAAGUCAGAUUAACACUAGUCCAUAAGAACAGUUUUCACUAUUCAUUCAAACUUGACUCUCCUAGCAUUUGGAUGCUGUAAAACCUGUAACAUUUCUAAAUGAGUGUAUUUCCUCAGGUGUCUUGUGACCAGCUUGCAGUUAGUAAAGAUGGUUUUGAAUUUCCUGAAUCCUCUUCUGUCUCUCAAGAUACUCCUCAGCUCAGGGCAGUGCUGCCAGAAGAGUAUUGUAGUGGGCAGAAAACAUGAAACUUACCAAGUUAAAAUAACUUAAAUAAUAUAACUAUACCUUAAAAUGCUGGAAUAAAGCAAGCAGUGAAUAUACUGGGAAGGUUUGAGGAUAGUAAUAGGGUAAUAGUUGCAUGAAGUACCUUUGAUUCACACAAAGGAAAGAAUAAAACGAUGGAGACAACUGUGAAGGUUUUCUUCUGCGCCCACAAACUGCAUAUUGCUGUUUUUCCUUAAUUCUGUCUUAACAAAGCCUGAGAAUUUGACCUUGGACCACUGAGAUUUCAGUCAUUUGCAUAUAUUUAGCCAUACAGACUUUUUCCUUGGAUUUGUGGAAAGUUUGGAAGUCUUCUAUGUUAUGUCGUGUUUUAUCAUACUCAUUGCAAAAGUAAUCUUUUUUUAAUUCAUGUGUAAAUCAAAUAGUAUUUUUCAGUCAAAACCCAUGAAUCUUCCUUUUCAUAGAGAGCUUCAAUACUGAUAAUGCACUGUUCUGUCAAGAGCUGCAGUCAUCUAAAUAUAAAAAUGUUUCAAUAAGGAAUCUUGGGACUAGAAAACAUUUUAAAGAUUUAGUCUACUCUUUAAAGACAUACUUCUGGACAAAUAAAUACAGACUACCAUACCAUAUUAUGAGCUUCUUUGAUUUAGGUAUCUCUUUCCAUUAAGUUUGUUGACAGAAAUUAAAUUUAAAAAUUCAGUUCUCUUUCACCGUUCAGGCCAUUAGCCAAGCUAUUGACAAGGGCUAGUUUCUACCUUUUGGAGGUCAAGGAAGGUGUACCAUUCUUGAUCCAGUGCUGCAAGCUUCCCUGUAAACAGGCCUUGAUGUCUUCUGAUUGGAUUUGUGUGCCCUGGCUUGCAUAACCAUACAGCUUGUAUCCCAGCGUUAUUAGCCAAAAGGAAUAUAGGGACUUACAUAAUCAUUACACGAUUAUUUUUCAGUAACUGUACUGUAAAUAUGUAAUUCUCUCUGUUCCUAAUAACUCUUAAUCUCUUUGUUUCUAUUGGCUCAUGGGCUCAGAUUUGGCUGUGGCCUCCAUGCCCUGGCCACUGAUGAAACUUGAAAAAAAUUGUUACUCUCGGGGCUCACCUGCUUUGCUCCCAGCAGCAAAUACGUGUUCCCCAGUGCAGGCAGGGGCACUGCACGGUGGUGCACUGUGUUGUGGGAGUGUGCACAGCAUUUCUGCCUCCAUUCCUUCUGAGAAGGGCCCAUUCGUCUUUAGAAACCUUUCAUACCUGGCUCUGUGUGUAUGUUCAGCACAGACCUCUUUGCUGAGCUUCUUUGUGUGUUUUAUGCCUGAGAAUUCUAGUGCAAAGUUUUGAUCUCAUUUCUGCAUGUUGUUUGAGAAAGAUUCUUUCUUGAGAUCCUUUGGUGAGAAAAUCUGAAUUAUCAAGAACUCUUGAUCCACUGCAGGUGUUGGAAACCAGGAAGAGAUUGUUUUCCUUUUGGUACAAGCAAAUAGAAAAAGGCCCUUUAGAGUGCUAUUCUGCUGUUUAGUUGUGGUAUCUGUGGGAUUUGGUGGUCCGCUGUCUCCCAAGUUGUAGUUCUUCCAGUGAUAACUUAUGCUAAUAAAGUACCUUUCAGGUAUAUUUGAAAAUAGCCUCAACUUUGAUGCAAAACUGCUUUUCUUGCUGCUUUUAAUAUUAGAAGUGUUACUCUUUUUUUUUUAUUUCAGCCUUACAAAAUAAUUGAAAAUAAUUUUUCUGUGUUUAAUUAGCUUCAUGAGUCAGUGCCUGGUCUUAGAUCUUGACAUUUUUGGCAUGCAAAAUUUUCUUGUGUAUUUGACCUUGGCUUUAUUCCAGAAUAAAUAUUUUAAGCUGCUAGUUGUGUGUAUUUUUUUUUUGUCUUUGGUCUGAGUCUAGGGGGCAGACAUAAGGAGCACUGAGAGAAGUGAAGUGUAUAAACCACAAUUAGAAUUGCAGUGCACAGGUGUCUGUAGAUCUUACACAAUUGCCAAGCUAUUUGUUUCUCAAAUGAUAGGGGCUUUGGGAGUGUAUUUUGGAGAAUAAAGGGAGCAGAAGGCAUGUUAGGGUUAUGGGUUUGGUUGUUUGGGAUUUUUGGUUUCCUUUUUUUUCAAAUCCUGCUUUAAAUUCUUCCAGUCUUGAUACAUUUGAUAUCUUUACAGAACCAGCAUAUUGAAUGGUUGAAAGUGAUCUACUGUGGCUGGCGAUGCAGUUUAUAACUGCCUUCAGAGAGGAAUCAGCAUUGAAGAAUAAAAAUUCCUUGCAUAAUAGCUUUCCUUUGAGCAUCAAAUUAGGUCUUGUGGCUUAAAAAUCUGAAUGCCAGCAUUGAAAAUAAGAUGACUUGUAAUAAUAUUAAAAAAGAAUGACUUUUGCAUCAAGGUUAUGGGUGAGCUCUGCUGCAGGCCCUUGAGGAUCUUUUUGGAAAGAGAGGUGUCUUAAAUCUCUAUGCUAGUCAUACACAAAAUAUUAUUGCAAUGAAAAAAUUGUGAAGUGAAUAAACAGCAGCUCACAGUACAGGAUGCUUGAUGUAUCAGGAGUCCUAGUGUUCACUGUAUUUUGCAAUUUAAUGCACAAUAUUUUUUUAAUUCUGUAUUUGUGUAUGCACCACUCACUGUGUUGGAUCUGUAUUCUUGGGAUGUGAGGUUCCAUUAAAAAAUAAAUAAUAAUCGCAGCCCCCGCUCCCCCCACGUGCACUCAUUUUCUGUAAUAUGGUAAUGAUAUCACCGUAGCAGUAAUUACGGGUCAUCUUCAUUUCUUUCAUCUCUGCUGGUUCUGAUGGCUUCAUUCCUUUGACGGAGAAGAUUUGGCUCUGGGUGCUGUGAUUAUUUUGUUAAGCAUUAUUCGAAUAGACAGGAGUGAGAGAAAUUAAUCAAUCCAAAUGCAAUUAGCAUCAUGUUUAACCCAGUGAUGGACGUCUCAAGGUGAAACAGCCAGGGGAGUUUCAGACAUUAUUAUUCAAUCCAGUGGCUCUUAUCUAAAUUAUAAUCAAGAGGUUUUUAUUGGCUUUGCAGAGAGAAGAUGUAACUCUUUCCCUGCUUUGGGGGUCAAAGGGAUCAGAUCUUUGGUUGUACAAGAUACUGGCUGCAGGUAUCUCCUAGAAUUGGGAGGUACUGUAAAAGUUUACUGUAAUAUCAGGGUCACUUGGGACAAAAUACCUGCACAUCCUAGUAUCUGUGGCCUGGAACAUAAGUGUAGUAGCUCCCUGGUCAUUGGUAGGGUUGUCUUUGCCCCUUGCAUUUCAUUGACUGAGUUUGCCCUUCUGAAUGUGAGUGAAUACUGUUUGUAGUUUCAGCAUUCGAAGCUCUGUGAACAUCACAGUUUGCAACUGACUGCAAACAGAAUGAUAACCUCCUUGCAAGGUAGGGAAAUCUAGUUAGGAAAACAAGGGAAAUGAUUCUACAGGGAAGGAAUCUAAUUUUUCUUAGAGUCGAUAUAAUUUUAGUAUUUAUUGAUAGCAACAAUAACAUUUUUGAGUAUUUUUUAAUAUGCAGCAGAUCUGUUGUCACUGAAUAAUCCUGAAUGAUUCUCUGAGAUCUCUUAUCAGGUACAAGAACAAACAUGAGUACUAUAUGUGGAGAAGAACAAGGAGGAAAGAGGUCACAUGAGGAUUUCACAAUUCAGGAAGGCAUUAGGUAUUUGAUUACAAUUCUUAAGGCUCUAGCUAACACUCACAAAAGUGUUUCAGUGGUUUAAAACUUUAUCAGUCUCAGCUAUUUGCCACUUCUCUGUCAGAGAGGACUGUUCUCAUAGCAUACUUUGUGCAAGUUUUACCUUCUUUGGCACUUCUAAACAAGCCAUGCCAGACUGUGAACUACAGCUGACAUAAGGGCACAUUCUGCUUUCUCAUUCACCAAGGGGAGGACACUGAUGUUUUGUACCAGAGGGGUGUUAUUAUUUUAAAAUGCUGCAGGCAAGACUUGACAGCUCAUCUUUCAGAUUCUGAAUUCUAGCACAGUUGCUGAAUCCUUUUGCAUACAUCUUGUGCUAGCUUUGGCUGGGGUAGAGUUAAUUUUCUUCACAGUGUCUGGUAUGGGCCUGUGUUCUGGAUUUGUGCUAAACACAGGUUGAUAAUAGAGAGAUGGUUUUGUUGCUAGUGAGCAGAGCCAAGGUCUUUUCUGCUUUUUGUACUGCCAUGCUGGCAAAGAGGCUCGAGGUACAUGGAAGGUUGAGAGGAGACACAGCUGGGACAGGUAAUCCAAACUGACCAAGGGGAUAUUCUAGACCACUUGACAUCGUGCUCAGUGUAUAAACUGGGGGAAAAAGGAGGAGGUGAGGGAUGAUCAGAGUGGCAUGUUUGUCUUCCCAAGUCACCAUUAUGUAUGAUGGGGCCAUGCUCUCCUGGAGAUGCUGAACACCUGCCUACCACAGGAAGCAGUGAAUCAAUUCCUUGUUUUGCUUUGCUUUCUCUGUUAAACUGGCUUUAUCUUGACCCACAAAUUUCUCAGCUAUACCCUUCUGAUCCUAUCCCUGAUUCUGCUAGUGAAGGAGUGAGCAAAUGGCUCCAUAGGGCUUGGUUGCUGGCUGAGGUGAAAGCACAGCAAUCUGUACUGAGGCUGUGAUCCCAUCUGUAAGGUGGUAAUUAAACCACUAUAUGUUUCAAGAAUAUUGUAAGGCUUGAUAAACUUUGCAAGUGCUUUGAUACUGAUUACUGAGAGAUGCCAUGGUAAUGCAAGCUUAUUCCACCUAGAGGUUUACGCUGAUUCUGUUGUCUUAGCUGAGGAAUGUGUUUCAGGAGUGUUAGGUGAUUGCAGUGAUCUUCAGUGUCAGUGUAACAGUUCCUGAAGCACUGCUUGGAGUGCCUGCAUGUGCCAGUUGUGCCUCCAGUGAAGGUCACUGACCUUGUUUUCACUAGCCACUGCUCUCCUGAGAUGGCAGUUCAACUCUCUCCAAAACCGGGCUUGGGGUAGCAUUCACUGGUAAGUAUUUGUCAAAGGCCAACAGUCUUCAACUAGCAGCUUAUUUGACACUUAUAUUAGGAAGUAGCCAGCAGGUAGCAGAGUAAUUGAAGCUCUUUCCAUGAAGAAAGAAGUGUGAGCUGAUGGCAGGUGGUCAUAAGAUUUUGAGGGUCUGGUUUGAGAUAGAUCUGCAGGGACCAGAUUCUGUCUCUCUGACAGAAGUUCAGACUAUGUUGUCUGGGUAAAAAUAUUCUCUUGGUCUUGUCUGUCAUAUGCCUCUUUUUUCUUUGAGAGCUGUUCAGUAAUAAUGUCAAUCUUAAAUAUUUUUGCUGGCUUUAAAUUACCUCUUUGCCUUCAACUCUCAUCCCCGACUUAUUUUUUUGUUUUCCUUGAACAUGCAGUAUUAGUUGAGCCCAACUGAAAGGUGUGACUUUGCAGUUGGCUUUCACAGGUUCAGUUAAGUAGAACUCCUACAGUCGUUCACAGGCAGAUUUCUCUUAAGCCUUUUUUGUGUCCUGCCAACUAAGAAACAGAAUAAUUGUGUCUUCUUAUCCUGGCAUUCUAUCUGAGCACAUAAGAAACCACUUCUGAUGCAACAGAUUCUUGUGAUAGAAGGCUAAAAAACAGAGAACUGUUCUGCUGUCUUUCUGCAAUUCAUAUUCUUUGCCAUGAAACGGUAAUUUGCAUUGACACUGCUUCAGAAAUAAACCUUUCUAGUUUUGUUUUCUAUGUAGUCCAAGGACACAGCAGUAUUUUGAGGGUGCAUGAUUAGUACUUUAAAGGAAUCCUUCCAUGCUGAAAAACAAGUUCUUUAGCUACUGUAAGUGCAACUGCGUGAGAGAAAUAACUGAUAAGCUAACAAAGUGUAACAGUGCCUAAAAUAGCCAUUUGUAGGCAAGAAUGUAGCAUUCAAAAUGUGACACUACAAGUCAUUUCAGAGCUAAAAACAUUAAUUGUAUUUCUGUGUUUUAUUAGUAGCACGACCUGUAGAUUUCAGCAAAGCUACAUUUUCAGGUCAGAUAGGGAUCACAGUCAAAUUUGUCCCAUAAGUUGUACAUCUGGGAGAGAAGCUAAGACAUGCUUCUCUAGCAAGUGACUUCAUAUUAAAGUAUCUAUAAUUUGAAGAUACUCUCAGGCUUUGUUUUGAGAUUUUUAGAUAAGCCCAGAGUGGUAAACGGUGAAGGUAUAAUGUUCAUGAUGAAUGUGUGAUAAAUACAGUUUGUCACGUAUAUCUUUUACAUAGACUUUAUCCCCAAGUGUGUUGUAGAUAUACUUAAGUGUAUAUUAUGUUUAAGAAGUGUGCAAGUAUGUGUGUUACUUAGGAUUCUCUGGGAUGAAAGUUGCUUAUAUAAGUCACUGAUUUCCUUGCUGAUUUUAAAGCAGUAAAUCCUUCCAUUAUUUCCUGGCUAUCCAGACCUUAUAACACAGUAUGUCCUGUGCUGUUGUAUGUAUGAGAAGGCUUUUUAUGGGGAGCAAUCAGGCUGGACCCCAAUCUCCAGGGCAGUGGUUUUUUUCUAAUUAAAUUGUCAGUGGAAGGAAUAUCCGGAACAGCAGUUUUCAUUUUCAAUCGAGGAAAAAACAUUAUGAGUCUUUGUCAUUUGAUUAAAAGUUACUUAACCUUUAAAUUGCUACAGAUGUAAAGAUAGCUCUGAGUUUCCAAUGUAAUCGCCUCCAAGUUAAAAUCAGGAAAAUCUUUGUGUAAUGAAACCCAUAUGUCAUAGUGAAAGGAUGCAAAGCACUGGCAGAGUGGGCUGCUCUAGCAGGAGAUUCUGCACCCAAUCUUGUUAACCAGGACUGCUUUUGGUAAUCCCUCAUCUCCUCACUUGUAGGAAAUCAAUCUGUACCACUGAAUCUUUUCAACCAGCAACUAUAAAAUUUACUGCGGAGAGGCAGCUUGGGGACAAUUGUAGUAAAAAUGGAGCCUGAGGCAACAAGGCUAAAUGUGGGAUUGAGGGAUUGAAGUUCUAAAGAGAAGAUUAUAUUAAACCUUAUUCUGCUCCUCUAUCAAGUAGAACUGUCUCUUCCUCCUUUCAACCCCAGCCUUUGCUAUGCAGUACCUGUUCUUGAGAUCUGCUUGGCAGAUCUUUGCCAGGCAGCAAACGUAAUCCCUACAGUACGGUAUUCUCUGUUAAUUAUAAUAGCCUUAUAACAAUUUUCAAUACAUUUAUCUGAAGGAGUUUAUUCAAGCACUAUUUCCAGAGCAACCAGUGCUGUUAUCAACCUAAAGUGUUUUUUUCUGUGGAGUUCAGUGUCUUCCUUCUCCCUAGUAGGUGGGGUUAAUUUGUGUACAGGCUAUUGCAAUGGUAUCCAUUGUUGAUUUUCCUAUUGUAGUAGAUGCACAGCACAGACAAGGUUGUAAAUCGUGACUUGUCAUGCAGAUUCAUGUUUCUGUUUUGUGCUGCACAGCCUCUGUAGUGUGUGUCUGCUGGUACAAUGAAACCUGUGCUCAAACCCUCUCUUCCCUUGAAGUCCAUGGUUUAAACUACCAUUGUAAAGAAAAAAUCCCUGAGGUUUUCACUUUAGUUUUGUCCAACCUUUUAAUUAAAAAAUCCACCUCUAUCUACUAUUCAAAUGGCUUCUGCUGGUCCCUUGGGUAGUUGCUUAAAGCUGGUUUUACCAUCUCUCUUAGCCUGCAGUCGUAUUUGGAAUGUGGGCGAUGGUUUCUUCAUUCACAAGCUCUUCCCUCACUCCAGCAAACUCCAUAAGACCCCAGUGGAAAUGAUAUUCCUAUUAUUAAGAAUUCAUUUCUCAAAAGCAAUACUGAGCAGAGAAAUCAGUGUAAUAUUAGAGCCUUUUACUGUGCAAAAUCCAUCAAAUCAUACUCCAGUGCAGAUUAAAAAGAAACAAAGGUGAAGCAAUAGCCAAGAUGUUUGAAUGCAGCACCAUGUAGUAAAAAUUUGGCCUGUGUUUACCAGGAAUACAUUGAACUGUGGUUCUUGGACAAGUAAGAGAAGCAGCUGAAGCAGGGAAGGCAAGAUUGUUAAUGCUUGUGGAAACUUGCCCUUAGUUUGGCUGUGGUUUUUGUGUCAAAUGAGGAUGUUACUUCCUGGCCAUUUUCAUACAUAUACAAAGAUAAAAGGUCCUUUUUCUUUCUCAGUUUGGCAUCAUAUCUUUAAAAAUAAAGCCUUGCUGCAAGCCUGAGUCUGUGAGGAGGCGAGGAAUACAGAAUAGCAGAAGGCUGUCUCCCGCUCCUAAUGGGAUUUUGUAGCAGCAUGUGCGAGUUUGUUUCAGAAGUCAGAAAUGAACAGAUGUUGGUAUAAAUUACCUCUGUGUCUGAUGUCUUGCAAAUUAAAAGCGCGGUUGGCAUCACUAAACAAUUCCACCAGGUUGGGGGGGGAAGUGGGUGGUGAUUAUUGUAGCAGGUCGGUAAGAAUCUUUAAGCUGCAGCAGAACAGGAUAGCAAGGAUAAAGGAAUGAAGAAUAAAAUGAGAGGUCUGUGAAUUAAUCAGAAAUGUUAACAUCUUCGAUGACAAGUGAACAGGCAGGCACGUGCUCUGGAGCAGCCUCCAACCCACAGUAAUUUCACUCAGCGCACAGAAGGAGUCUAUGCUCUCUGCCUGAUUUAUAGGGUGCAGCCCUCUUUGGGGGAACAGAAUUGUCAUGCAUUCGUAUAUCUCCUGGAUGGGACUUGCACUCUGGAAAACUUUCUACUUUAUCAGCUACAGUUCAGUUUAUGUGCUUUUCUCAUUAAGAGUGUUUUAAAACCAUACACUAUUGUUGGAGCAAGCCAGGGAGAUGUCAAAGAACUAAGAAUCUAUUCCAAACUGAAAAUUUAAAAAUAUUUUAGUUUUAUUUAGUCAUAUUCUUUGGGCAUAACAACUUAAUUCCUGACAAAAUACCAGUCCUCUCUGUUCUUCAGCAGCACCUUCUAUCCUUGUGUCACUUCAGCAGCACUUAAAACAUACAGGUUAUCUUGGGGUUAGGGAGGUAGAGGUACAAAUGAGUACUUUUGUGGUAGCUCAUGCUGUGCAUCAGAAGCAGGAUCCCAGGUGAUGUAACUCACAUCUGGAGGCAUGAGGCAAGAAAAUAGUGCAGUGAUAUGCUUGAACCUCCAGCCAGUCUGAAGCAUGUUCCAUACAGGACAGUGGACUCUGCAGCCUACAGGUAUCCGUAUGUAACAGACAGGUUAUAUACUUUUAAAUACAAUUAAUUGUUUUACAAGGAUUUUGCUGAUGACAAUACCUCAUGAUAAAAUUUUGUAUAAACAGAUUAGAAUGUAGUAAUUUAAAGAAGAGGCUUUAAGGCACAAAUUCUAACUUUUAUGUAAACAAUAACAAAAUGUCUUUAUCUGAGUGCACUCUGAGUAUUGUAAGCUGAACAUUUUUAUUACAUUUUAGUUCUGUUCUGACAGAUAAUCAGUAAUGUCAAAAAAAAACCCAA